AUGCUCGAGAUUCUCGUCAUCUUCCUAAUAUUUUGUCUCAGACGCAUUCGUGGUCUGUGGUAUCUGGCCCGGGGACCAGAUAUCAUUGACAAGGCAUAUCUUUCAGCAGAGGGGAAGCCAUUUAAGAUAUCUACUCCCUCAAAUGAUCACUGGCUAAUUACGUCGAACGAUCUCAUUACGGAGCUGGUCAACGCGCCGCUUCAAAACCUGUCACUACAUGCUGUAGCUAAAGAGAUUCUACAACCAAAAUACACCAUGUUUGGCUUUGAGUGGCAGGACCAACGAGGCGUCGAGGGGACUGGCUUUGUCCGUGCCUUGCGAAGUAGGCUUACGGCUCAUCUGCCCAUUCUAAUGCCUGACUUACAGAGGAUCGUCGAGACUGCCAUUGCAGACGAGCUUGCAGUGCCGGGUCACGACGGAUUCGUGCAUUGCAGAUUGUUCUCUAUGAUCAAGCGAACCGUCACAAAGGUCAAUUGCUUCGCCUUCUUCGGGGAGGACCUUGGUACGAUUACCUCCUUGGCACGUCAGUCCCACCAGGCUAAUUAUGUCGCAGCGCAGAAUCCGGAGUUCACCGCGGCUGCGUUGGAAUUCCCACAGAGGGUCAUCCUAGCGGCUGAGAUUCUGCGUAUCACGCCGGAUUUCCUCCGACGGUCCGUUGCGAACCUAGUGACGCGACAACACUACGCCGUCAGGACACUAUUCCGCUAUCUGGAGCCAAUUGUGGAGAAGCGGUUAGCAGCGAGGGCCAAAUCGACCAGCUCUAUGCAAGAAGAUGCUCCGAUGGAUUGCAUGCAGUGGCUGAUUGACACGUCGCCACGGAAGAUACAGUGGACCACGACCAGAAUGGUUGGCGAGAUUAUCGCGGUCUGGUUUGGCUCGGUGCACCAGCUGGCAAUGACCACCACAUACGCCAUCGAGGAUCUCUGUCUGCAUAACGACUAUGUUGAGCCGCUUCGAGCCGAGAUCCAACAAUAUCUCCCCAGCUCGUGCAGGAGGAGGGUGGCUGAGAUGCCGCUCCUCGACAGUUUUGUGAGGGAAUCGAUUCGCUGCACCAAUUCGGAUGCAAUCACCGUCCGACGGAAAGCGCUGACACCAUUCGUAUUUUCUGAUGGACUCGAAGUCGCAGAGGGUGAUUGGGUAUGUAUCCCGCAACGAGCAAUGAUGCGCGAUCGGAUCAGAUACCGCAAUCCGCAAUCAUUCGACGGGUUUCGAUUCGCCAGAGCAAACAAGCAACUACGCGCGGGAGAUGUGCCUCUGGACGUACCCGAGAGCAGCCCUCUGACGAUGACAGAUGUUAGCGUGGACUGGCCAAUUUGGGGGCUGGGAAACACCGCCUGUCCCGGCAGGUUUUACGCCGCAACAAUCCUCAAGCUGAUUAUGGUGUGUAUUCUGGAGGGAUGGGAGUGUCGGUUGGAAGAUCCCGGGAGCCAACGGUGGAGGACGUGGCGGUCGAGCAUAGUACCCCGCGAGGGUACAGUUGUACUCUUCAAGAGAAAAGGAGAAGCGUUGACUGGUUGA